AUGAAGGACGCCCAACUUCCUGAAAAUGUCGAACUCUUGCGUACACGUGUUGUCAGCGGAAGUGAUUACCCCAACCAAUAUCCUGGUAUCGACAAUGGUUUCAACCUCACCGAGUUCAAAAAGAAUUUCAAGGUCAAGAUCCAGCGUUUAUCAAAGCACAGUGUUGAAUUCGACUUAAUUGGCGUUGACGCGUCUGUAGCUAAUGCUUUCCGUCGUAUUAUGAUUGCAGAGGUUCCUACCAUGGCUAUUGAAAAGGUCUACGUUAUGAACAAUACCUCCAUUAUUCAAGACGAAGUUGUCGCACAUCGUUUAGGUUUAAUUCCUAUUAAAGCUGACCCUCUUGAAUUCGACUAUAUGACCGAAGAUGGUGGACCUACUGAUCUUAAUACACUUGUGUUCAAGUUAAAAAAGAAAUGUGAAUUCAACCCUGAAGCUGCUGCUGACGAGACUGAUGCUAAUGUAAAAUAUAUCAACAGCUUCGUCUAUUCCAGUGAUUUGGUUUGGGAACCUAAGGGUAACCAAGAAGAGAAAUUUGGUGAUAGCCCUCCUAGACCUGUUCAUGAUGAUAUUGUAAUUGCCAAAUUAAGACCUGGACAAGAGAUGGAGAUGGAAUUACAUUGUCAAAAGGGUCUCGGUAGAGAACACGCCAAAUGGUCUCCUGUUGCCACAGCAUCAUACCGUAUUCUUCCUGAAAUCACAAUUUUGGAACCUAUUACUGGUGAAGAUGCCGAAGAGUUUAAAAAGUGUUUCGUUGAAGGUGUUGUUGACGUUGUUAUGGAAAAUGGUGUGAAGACUGCCAAGGUUGUUAAUGCUCGUAAGGAUACAGUCAGCAGAGAAGUUUUACGACAUGAAAAAUUCGAUAAUAAGGUUCGUUUGACCCGUGUUCGUGACCAUUUUAUAUGUAAGUUCUAUAUUUGUGUGUGUUGCUGUGUGGGUAAUUGA